AUGCGAAAUGAUCAUCAACCUAUUAAAGUCUUUGUUAUAGGGUCUACUCUGUUUGACAAGUCAUCCUUAAUAUCAAAUAUCUUUCUCCUACCCUACGUAACUCGUAAAGAUGACGAUGUGUUAACAUUCUCAGAUAUAGCUCCUGAAAAUUAUCUUCGAAUGGUUCCAAAGUGUAAUAUAAAGGUGAUUAUAUAUGAUGUAUCAAACAAAGAAUCAUUUGAAAAAGUAAAAGAGUAUAAAGAGAUUAUUGAUGCUAUGGAAGACAUUGAUAGUAAAGCAUCGACUAUAUUGGUUGCAAUGAACUGUCAUCUAAACGACAGCAAUGGUAGAGUUGUAUCUUCUAGUACUGGUCGUGGAUUGGCACAGUAUCUCAAUAUUGCUUAUUACGAACAUGAUACUGAUACUGCUAAAUCUAUAAGAGAAUCAUUCAAUGAAAUUAUUUACAAACAAUUCAAUAUUACCUAUAUCAACAACAACAACAACAACAAUCCACUCCCAAAUUUUAAAACAAUUAAUUUAAAUGUUAUUAAACCUCUGGCCCUUUCUCUUCCUCUUCAUAUUCCUCCUCCCCAACCUCAUCCUCUUCAACUUGAUCAAUCAAUAUUACAAAGAGUAUUUAAAUCAAAAGUAAUAAUGAAAGAAAUAUUUAAUCAAGUACAAGAAAUACACAAGAGAAUAGGUAGAUGUUCAAACAAACUAAGUUGUAAUGAUGAGGAGUUUUGGUGUUCAUCUCCAUAUCUUGUACCAUUGGUAGAGUAUAGAGAGAGACAUGGAUUUAAACCUCUAAUAUUUAGAAGACAUACAUUUGGAUUUGGAGUAUUCCUUAGAAAUCAAUCAUCCAAUUUUGUUUUGGUACGUAAUAGUUUUGUACCAAUCUAUACAAUGACUGAAAGAGAGAAAAAAGAGACAAUCAAUGAUGCCUGUAUAGGUGGUAAUGUUGCAGUGGUAGAAUAUCUUCACAAGAAACUUGGAUAUCAUUGGUCAGUAAAGGGGUUCCUAUUCUCGAUAGCAUUCAAUCAUUUAGAAGUCACCAAAUACAUUGUAGCAAAUUCGAUUAGAAAAAAGGAGUAUAUACCAACCUCCUCUUCUGCACCAAUGGUGGAACAGCCCUUUACUUUGACAGAUGCAAUCAUCAAGCUUGCAUUACAAGCAUGUGAUGACUUUUCACCAGACCGACAACAACAUUAUCAGUUCAUUACCAAUUACUAUAAAACCAAAGCCAACCUUUCAUUUAUGGAUAGAUUAUCUCAAACUUUAUUUUCAAGUGAUCGUCCCAAUUAA